AUGAUCGACCUCUCGCAACAGCAGCCAGAAUCAGCCGAGCCACCCGAGCCAAGCAUUGCUGACACACGAUGGCUGGAUGUCAAAAUCCUCAGUGCUGGCUUCUCCUUCUUUGUUGCCGGGGUCAAUGAUGGGAGCUUGGGCUCAUUGAUACCCUAUGUGAUUCGCUCAUACCAUGUGAGCACCAACCUUGUCGUCGUGGUCUACGUAUCAACUUUCGCGGGAUGGCUGGUGGCCGCCGUGACCAACAGCGCCCUCUGCCAAUAUCUCGGCCUCGGAGCCAUUCUUGCCCUAGGCGCAGCCCUUCAGGUACUCUCCCACGCCCUCCGAGCAUGGCUGCCCCCAUUUCCGCUUUAUGUUGUUACCUUCUUUCUCGCCAGUCUAGGGCAAGCGUACAAUGACACCCACGCCAAUACCUAUGUUGCUUCCGUCAAGGCCGCCCAUCGCUGGUUGGGGUUUAUCCAUGCCAUGUAUAUGGCAGGGUGCUUGGUCGGUCCGUUGGUGGCCACGGCGGUGGCAUCGGCGGGAACAACCACCCAGUGGAAUCUGUUCUAUCUGGCGCCCCUGGGCUUGGGGGUUCUGAAUCUGGUAUUCGUGAUGACGGCGUUUCACGAUCAGCUCACGACCAGGUCCGCUACUUUCGAUCCUUCACCAGAGAGGCCGCAAGAAGAUGCUCAUCCCGACUCCAAGAGCCACCGUGCUCUGGUUGAGAUCAAGAACACUCUGUGCGUGCCCACGGUCUGGCUUGCCAGUCUGUACUUCUUUUUCUUUCUCGGGGCGGCCAUUACCGCGGGAGGCUGGAUGGUUGAGUAUCUUGUCAACGUGCGGCACGGCAAUCUGGAUGCAAUGGGAUAUGUGCCCACCGGAUUCUACGGAGGCGCCUUCCUGGGCAGGCUGCUCCUGGCUGAGCCUACCUUCCGGCUGGGAGAACGGCGGAUGAUCUUCCUUUAUGCCGUACUGUGUGUGGGACUGCAACUAGUCUUCUGGCUGGUCCCGAACAUCAUUGUCGAGGCCGUGGCCAUCUGCAUUCUGGGUUUCUUUUCUGGGCCAUUCUUUGCCGCUGGUAUUUCGGUCGCCUCGAAGAUAUUCCCGGCAGAUGUUCGGAGUUCAGCAAUUGCAUUUGUCUUCGUGUUUGGUCAGAUCGGAGGCUCUUUGUUCCCAGUAUUGACCGGCAUUCUUUCUGCCCGCACGGGAGUCAAAGUCCUGCAGCCCAUGCUUGUGGCUUUGCUCUGCGCUACAGCCAUUAGCUGGCUUCUGCUGCCAAAGCCGCCCAAGCCACGCGACUAA